CUUUUUUCUUUGUUUUUUUUCUUACUUCUGAAAUAUUAAUUUGAGAAAAAAAAGUUUCAAAGUUUAAAAAGUGUGAUAGUGGAAGUAAUUAAGUUCAGUAUAUAAUUAAGGAUCUGUGUCGGAGAGGACUUCUGGGAUUUUAUCAAAAUGAAUUCAUGAUUACAUCAUAGGCUUAACCUUCUCUCACCAUGGAGCAUGAGAGCUGGAACCAAAAAUGAACUGGGCGUCCUUUUAUGCCGUGAUCAGCGGCGUAAACAGGCAUUCCACGGGCAUCGGCCGCAUCUGGCUCUCCGUCCUCUUCAUCUUCCGCCUGCUGGUGCUGGUGGUGGCCGCCGAGAGCGUCUGGGGCGACGAGAAGGCCCACUUCACCUGCAACACGCAGCAGCCCGGCUGCAACAGCGUCUGCUACGACCACUUCUUCCCCAUCUCCCACAUCCGCCUGUGGGCACUGCAGCUCAUCCUGGUGUCCACUCCUGCCCUGCUGGUGGCCAUGCACAUCGCGCACCGCCGCCACGUCGACAAGCGUCUGUACCGCCAGUCGGGCCGGUCCAGCCCCAAGGACCUCGAGCAGAUCAAGAACAGGAAGAUGAAGAUCACGGGCGCCCUGUGGUGGACCUACAUCAUCAGCCUCAUCUUCCGUGUGCUGUUCGAGUCGGUCUUCAUGUAUCUGUUCUAUAUGAUCUAUCCUGGUUACAAGAUGUUUCGCUUGGUCAAGUGCGAUUCCUACCCCUGUCCCAACACUGUGGACUGCUUUGUGUCUCGGCCGACCGAGAAGACGGUCUUCACGGUCUUCAUGCUGGCCGUCUCUGGCAUCUGCAUCCUACUCAACAUCGCUGAAGCGGGGUACCUGGUGGCACGGGCCAGCAACCGCCACAUUAAUGCUAAAGACUCACCUAUUGGAGCCUGGAUCACGCAGAAACUGUGUUCCUUUUAACAUGGCUGGUUAAGAUUUGCUUUAGGCACUAAAGUGGAUCAAGUGCAUUAGGGUUGAUAGGAUCACUUUGUGACAGUUGUAAUCCGGGUCUAUCGACAACCAUUUAGCUCCGAGCCGGUGUUAUCUCCUCCACGGUGCUUACCAUCGUACCAGCACUCGCGCAAGUGCAUCUGUAUAGGACUACAUCUGUAAAAUGGACGCCCUCUUGAACUGGUGUGGGUGUGGCAGGUGAAAAGGGACCAUUGAUCCACCCGUCCAUCCACUCAUCCAUCAUUGUAAAUGUUUUAAUGUCAAAUUAAUGGAAAAAUAAGUCAGAUAAUGAUGUAUGUCU